AUGACACAAGACUUGUCCGGCUCUGCGAUUCUCGGAACACUUUUGAUUUCUCGUGAGAGGAAAUUGAACUGGGACGAGAUCAAUAUGACGCUCAAGGAACUUGUUACUGGCGAUGCCAGCCAGCCGACGGCUGCCACUCGGGAAGAGAUGUCGAAUGCUCGCCUCCCUAUUGCCUUCAGAGAUAGCUGUGCACAUCUACUGAUACCGCUCAACCGAUGCCGAGUUCAGGAAUAUUAUUUGCCAUGGAAAUGCGAGAAUGAGAGACAUUCCUACGAGAAAUGCCAAUACGAGGAGUUCAAGAAGCGGGUCGCAAAGAUGGAUGAGCUACGGGCGGCCAAGGGGGGAGCGAGAAGCAAUUGAUCGGAUACUCCCACGGGUUAUACAUACAACGUUGCAUGGGAAAGCCUGCAGACUAGGCUAAAUGUAUUUAUCUCCGGGGAUUUUCAAGGAAACGACAAAAACAAAAACAUUGUACCGGCUAUGUGGAUCAAUUGAAUGUAUAGACAGUCCAGACCAUCCAUUGUUUCCAGUUCGC